UGAGAUCCUCCCAAGGAAAACAAUGAUAUGGUUCAUUAGAGCGUGUUGUGGAGCCUACCAACCGUCUCAUCAGCCAUCACAUUCCCCCGUAUUUUUCUCCCGGUGUCCGGUGGUCGCCCGCCGUGCCCCGCCGCCCGCGGCUAUAAAGCUCGGCGCCACCUUCCUGGCCUGUUCCGGACUCGCUCGCACCCGGGCACCAGCAGGCUCUCCGAUCCAUCCAUCGCCCACUACUACUGCUAGACCACCUGCCUGCCUGUGCCUAGCUACCACGACGACACACCUCAUCGCCCCAUAUCCGCCUGCCUGCCUUCCCAUCACAUAUAUCUCCCACUCGUCCUUCUUGCUCCGGCCGACGAGAUCUCCAUAUAUACCUGCUAGCGAGCGAGCGACGACGCGAGGCGCGCUAGCUAGCUAGCUGUUGGCUUGAGAUCGAUCCGUCGACUAAGCUAUAGCUAGCAGCCAUGGGGAGGGCGCCGUGCUGCGACAAGGCGAGCGUGAAGAAGGGGCCGUGGUCGCCGGACGAGGACGCCAAGCUCAAGGCCUACAUCGAGGAGCACGGCACCGGCGGCAACUGGAUCGCGCUACCGCACAAGAUUGGGCUGAAGAGAUGCGGGAAAAGCUGCAGGCUGAGAUGGCUCAAUUAUCUGAGGCCCAAUAUUAAGCAUGGUGACUUCACAGAAGAAGAGGAGCAUAUCAUUUGCAGCCUCUACAUUAGCAUUGGAAGCAGGUGGUCCAUCAUUGCAGCGCAGCUGCCGGGGCGAACGGACAACGACAUCAAGAACUACUGGAACACCAAGCUGAAGAAGAAGCUCCUCGGAAAGCGCGCGCCGUCCAGGCGCGCGAGGACGAACCAGGAUCCCUGCUACCUCGCCGCGGGAGCCGCCAGCAGCAGCAGCAGCAGCAGCGCCGCGACGGCCACGCAAGCCCUAAGCGCGUCGGCUCUCGAGCGGAUCCAGCUCCACAUGCGGCUCCAAGGCAUCUACGGCGCGUUAGCUUGCAGCGGCGGCAACGACGACAGCAACGCUGCCUUCGGGUCGGCGGCGGCGGCGCCGCCGCAGUGGCCGAAGCUUGAGGCGCUGUCGCAGGCCAACAGGCUGCUCCCGGGGUCGCUGCCGGCGGACGCCAUGGCCACAACCGUGAGCGUGCAGCCGCACCCACAGCAUCUGGUCGAGGUCGACCACCACCAGAGCCUCGCCGCCGCCGCACUCGAGGGCGAGCAACAGCUCAGCUCUGCCGGUGAAGGAGGCUUUUUCGAGCGGCCCAAGGUAGAUUUUUACUCUCCAUCAGCCGAGGUCGCCGCCGCCGCCGCCGCCAGCGUAGAGAUGAACUCGGUCGCCCCGAUGGUUGUUGGCGGCUACGCGGGCGCCGCCGGAUUCGGGCCUCAGCACCAUCACGACGAGCUCUACGACUUCCUGUACAGCAAGUACGGAUCAGUGGGCGGGCUGGCGCACGACGGCGGGCAUGUUCCAACGUUGCCAGAGCUGCAGUGCCCGGACGGCGCUGCCGCCGUCGUCGGAGCCGACGAGAAGUUCUCGGCGUGGACCGCGGCCGCCUGCGAUUACGGUGCCGCGGCCGGCGGCCAUCAGAUACAGGGAAACUCCAUUGUUGGUAGCAGUCUGCACGACUACGUGCUAGGCGGCUACGGUCAAUGAGAGUAGGGUUUUGGUGCCAUGCCGCAUCUGUGUGUGUAAAAUUCUAGAGCUCUUAUAUAUAGUUCAUUUUCCAAACUGUCCAGUCCAUAUAGUUAUAUAUGUAUGUUUGGUUUCUUGAUAAACUUUUGUUGUUUAUAUGUAUGGAUGCGAAGUAGUAAUCAAUAUAUUAUAUACUCCCAGUUAAUUAAUUUUCCUCUGGUUAAUCAAUAUAUAUUCUAUUA